CAAAACCACAACCUCCUCAGAGCUUCAACUUUGUCCUUGCGACAAAUCAGAAGCGAGCGCCCCUCCCGCCUCAGACCUGAGUGAUACUUAAAUCAGUUGUGGUCACGGCCAUUUCAAUGCGGAUUUGCCUAUGGUGGCUGUUGUCUGCUCGGGUUCAUCUUACCUGUUCACUGGAUGCCCCUCCCUCUCCCUGGUUCAACAUCACAACACCUGCUGCAGCUAUAAAGGAAACAAAGGAAGGACUGGAUCGCACUGGAUCCCGGUGGAAGAGCAGCUCACAGGUCAGCCCAGCUCAGCUCAGCUCAUAAAGAGAGAAAUCCAAUCCAUCCAGAAAGUCGAAAAUAAUCCACAACUGAGAGGUGAGGAUGACUUCCACGGCAGAUCGACUGGCCCGUCAGCAGGAGAGGAAAGAAGGAAUCGGGACCAACGAGAAUGCAGUGAAGUUCUCCCAGCAGGAUUAUGAGACGUUGCUGCAGCAGUGUCUGGAGAGGGGACGCCUGUUUGAGGACAACUGCUUUCCGGCUGGGGGCACAUCUCUGGGCUACAAAGAGUUAGGGCCAUACUCAUCAAAGGCCAAGGGGGUUGUUUGGAAGAGGCCAACGGAGCUGUGUUCCAACCCAAAGUUCAUUGAUGAUGGAGCCACAAGGACAGAUAUUUGUCAAGGUGAACUGGGUGACUGCUGGCUUCUGGCUGCCAUAGCCUCUCUGACUCUGGACCAGAGGAUCCUGGCCCGCGUGGUGCCUCCUGGACAGAGUUUCACCGAAGAUUAUGCUGGAAUAUUUCACUUCCAGUUCUGGCAGUUCGGUGAGUGGGUGGACGUGGUGGUUGAUGACCGUCUGCCCACCAGAGAUGGAAAGCUGCUGUUCGUUCACUCAGCAGAAGGCUCUGAGUUUUGGAGUGCUCUGCUGGAAAAGGCCUAUGCUAAAGUCAACGGCUGCUAUGAGGCCCUGUCGGGAGGAAACGCGAUAGAGGGAUUUGAGGAUUUCACCGGAGGAAUCGCAGAAAUUUACAACCUAGGCAAGGCCCCGCCGAACCUCUUUCAAAUCAUCAAGAAGGCCCUGAGGCUCGGUUCACUGCUGGGUUGCUCUAUUGAGGUCUCCAGUGCCUAUGACACAGAGAUGGUCACAGCCCUGAAACUUGUAAAAGGACAUGCGUACUCACUGACGGGUGCAGAGGAGGUUAAUUUUCAAGGCAAGCUGGUUGAGCUGGUCCGCGUCAGGAACCCAUGGGGAAAGGUGGAGUGGACAGGGCCUUGGAGUGAUGGAUCCAUGGAGUGGAAGCACGUGAGUCCAGAUGAUAAAGCAAAACUGAACCACGUGGGUGAAGAUGGAGAGUUUUGGUUGCCUUAUUCAGACUUCCUCGGACAGUUCUCCAGGCUGGAAAUCUGCAACAUGACCCCAGAUACACUCACGAACGAUGACGUGGGCUACUGGAAGUAUUACCAGUUUGAAGGGAUGUGGAGGGUCGGCUCCACUGCUGGUGGCUGCAUUAAUAACCGAGCCACGUUCCCAUCCAAUCCUCAGUUUAUGGUGAGUCUGGAGGACGUGGAUGAUGAUCCCCUAGAUGGAGAGGACGGAUGCACCUUUCUGGUGGGGCUGAUGCAAAAGGACGGACGUCAAAUGAGGAGAAUUGACCGAAAUCUUGAGACCAUCGGCUUUGCCAUUUAUAAGGUCCCGGAUGAGUACAAGGGCCGCAGCAACGUCCGCCUAGGUCCCGACGUCCUGCUGCGACAGAGAGCUGUGGCCAUGAGUGACACCUUCAUCAACUCGCGUGAAGUGUGCGGCCGCUUCAAGCUCCCUCCAGGAGAAUACGCCAUUAUUCCUUCAACCUUCAAGCCUCACAGGAAUGGACGUUUCAUUCUCAGGGUGUUCUCAGAGAAGAAGGCUCAAACCAGUCGACUAGAGGAGGACAUUGAUGCUGUAUUAGAGGAGAAGAAGAUAUCUAAAAGUGACGUGGAUCCUCAUUUCAAGCAUCUCUUCAAGCAGAUUUCUGGCGAUGACAUGGAGGUGUCAGCGUUUGAACUGGUUGGAAUCCUGAACAACGUCGUCUCUGCCCGGUCUGACAUCAAGACGGAUGGAUUCAGCCUUGAAACCUGUCGCCUUAUUAUCAGUCUGCUGGAUAAAGAUGAAAGUGCCACAUUGGGACUGAUGGAAUUCCACAUGCUUUGGACCAAAAUCAAGAAAUACCUGGAGAUCUUCAGGACUCACGACAAAGACCACUCCGGCACCAUGAGCUCCCAUGAGAUGAGAGAAGCCGCCACUGAAGCAGGCUUCAUCGUCAACAGCGCGGUGCUGCAGGCCAUUGUCAGCCGUUACGCCGAUGCUCAGUACGCCAUAGACUUUGACAGUUUCGUAGGCUGUCUCAUUAAACUGGAAAUGCUCUUCAAAAUGUUUAAGACCCUGGAAAGAGGUGACUCGGGGAAGAUUGAGCUGGAUUUGCAGCAGUGGCUGUGCCUGGCGAUCUACUAGCUCCGAAGACGACACGAGCAAGGACCCCUUCCGACAAGACGAUUCACAUAACGCUUAAGAACGCUUAAGACGAUAAUUCCCAAGCCCUUAAAAUGUGUGAUUGUAACAAUAUCUGGGAAUAUUUUAGGUCACUUGUUGAAAUGUGAAAUCAAGAAAUUUGUUUUGUUUUGUUUUUGUUUUUUAACUCUUGGGCUUUUGCAGCUUCUGUCAAAUGAUUAAAAAAAUAAAUAAAAGAAAGAAAGAAAGUAAGAAA